AGGCUACUAUAAUCGCACAGAACGCAGGUUGACUGCCGGGCGAAUACCACGCGUACGUGGCAUCCCGAAAUUUUAAGGGCUAACCUUAAAUCCUUCCGACCUCCUAUCAACUUAAGAACAUCCAUCUCAGCUUCCAAGAGUCAGCUACGCACAGAAUAUCUCCAAGUCUUGACGAACUUUGAGAGAAGCCGAAGGAAGAAAAACAACACUAAACGUGUGUCUAUAAAGAUCUAUCAACGCCAAGAGGACACCUGUACAAACGUGCCCCGUAUUGGAACAAGGACUGACCGAAGUACUUCAACCCGGCACAUCUUGCACCUAGGCAAACGAGCAAGCAACGGCAAAAGAAAGUUGAAAACUUUCGUAAGGAGAAAGAACAGUACCUUUCCAAGAUGGGAGAUGAAGUGGUAAUAGAACAGAAUGGCGUGGAGCUGUCCAAUGUGGAGACAGGGACGGGGAAGGAGAAGAUAGUGAUAGAAGAAGAUGAGUCGGCAGAUGAUCGCCCGGCUUGGGAUAACAAGAUUCAGUAUCUGCUGUCUCAGAUUGGCUUCGCCGUGGGACUGGGAAACGUCUGGAGGUUUCCUUACUUGUGCCAGAGGAAUGGUGGAGGUGCAUUUUUGAUCCCGUACUUGAUCAUGCUGGUGAUCGAGGGGAUCCCGAUCUUCCACCUGGAGCUGGCGAUCGGACAGCGGAUCCGGAAGGGAUCCAUCGACGUCUGGAACCAGAUCAACCCGUUGCUAGGCGGGGUCGGCGUUGCCAUGGUUGCAGUGUCGUUCCUUGUCGCCCUGUACUACAACGUCAUCAUCGGGUGGUGCGCCUUCUACUUUUUCAACUCCUUCCAGGCACCCCUACCUUGGGCCACCUGUCCCGGGAAUGGUACAGUCAUGGAAUGCGAAAAGUCGUCCCCUACCGCGUACUUCUGGUACAGGGAGGCCCUGGACACCAGCGAGUCCAUUGAAGAUGGAGGGGGUAUCAACUGGAAGAUGAUGCUGUGCAUCUUCACCGCCUGGCUGAUCGUGUGUGUCUGUAUGAUCAAGGGUAUCAAGUCGUCUGGCAAGGCUAUCUACUUCACUGCUACAUUCCCAUACGUCGUGCUUUUGAUAUUCUUUUUCCGCGGUGUCACGCUUGAAGGAGCUGGCGAUGGAUUGGCUUAUCUGUUUAUACCCAGGGUUGAAAAGCUGGCAGAUCCGAUCGUUUGGCUGGAAGCGGCCACCCAGAUUUUCUUCUCCCUCAGCGUGGCGUUCGGAGGGCUGAUCUCCUUCUCCAGCUACAACCCCAGGAAAAACAACUGCACCCGUGAUGCCGUUGUCGUGGCCGUCAUCAAUUCUGGGACCUCCAUUUUUGCCUCGGUCGUCAUCUUUUCCGUCCUGGGCUUCAAGGCGCUGACGGACAGCCGCAAGUGCCUGCAGGAGUUCCAGGACCUUAUGGAGGAUAAGGUGCCAGGAUUCGCGAGCAACAACAUGACCGUCACAGCCUCCAACUACAUGGACUUGUGGGGCACCUACAAUACUACUGACACCGCCAUCCGGGACUUCAACUUCGGCUACUGCAGCAAGGACGGCAACCUCAACAACGCUGUCGGUGGCACCGGUCUGGCAUUUGUAGUCUUCACCGAGGCCAUGAACCAGUUCUACCCACUUGAGAUGGGUCCUUUCUGGUCCAUUCUGUUCUUCCUGAUGUUGGCAAAUCUCGGGCUAAGUUCUAUGUUCGGAACCCUGGAGGGCGUCAUCACACCACUGAGGGAUGCCGGGAUAUGGAAAUGGCGCAAGGAGUUUCUUGUUGUCCUCCUGUGUGUCGUCUGCUUCCUGAUUGGGCUGAUCUUCGCACAGUAUUCUGGGAGCUACUGGCUGGACAUCUUUAACGACUACAGCGGGACCUUCCCUCUGCUCAUCAUCGCUUUCUUUGAGAACAUCGCCAUUGUGUAUGUCUACGGCUUGAAGAGGUUAUCAGACGAUCUGGAGUACAUGACCGGUUCCCGCCCGAAUCUCUACUGGAAGGUGACCUGGCUGUUCCUGACCCCGCUCUCCAUGUUGGUGAUUUUCGGUGCCACCAUCUACACCGAGGCAACUCGUACCAUUACCUACAAGGGCUGGGAUUCCGCACUGGGCCAGGUUGUUGACAAGGGCCCGUACCCGUGGUGGGGUGAGAUGAUGUGCUACGUGCUCAUCUGUCUCCCGUCCUUGUUCAUCCCCAUCGUGUUCGUGCUGCGCCUGACCGGACUGAUGCCCUACCGCGGCGAGACCCUCAAAGCCAAGCAGGCCAGAACGGUACAGCGCGGCGCCAUCAGCAAACAGAACCUGGUGACAGAUUCGCUGAAGAUGCGGUUUUCUGACCUGAAGGCACACUCCACGGAAGACAGUGAUUCUGUCAAGGCCAUGUUACCCUAGCAUCAUGUGAUCGUCACGUGACCGUCAUGUGAUCAUCACGUGAUCGUCUCAUGAGAGUCACGUGACUAGCAUGAGAUCAUCACGUGACUGGAGAUCACGCAAAGUGUUCUUUUCAAUGCUGAAAACAGUGAUAUUUAUGGAGAAUAUUCUGUCUUCAGUAUGGAAAAGAAAACAAUCCCAAUGCUGUCCAGAAAACAAGCGGAGUUAUUUUCUUCAGCAACUCAAGCGGCGGAUAUUUUCGGCAUGAUCUGUAUUGCAAUAUUUGAUAUCCUUGUAGCUUACGGUUACCACCCCCUCCCCCCAACCUGACCAACUAAAGUUGCAAUGAUCGGAGUGCAAAAUAUCAUUCCUCUACUUAAUUUAAAAUGCGAUAUAUUUGUGUAUGGAUUGUUUUAUUUUGCAAUUUCUGAUCGAGAAGCGCAAUUGGACCUGCUUGCUUCCUUCUACCACAUGUACAUAUAUUAUAAGAGAGUACUGUAGCUUGUUGUAUGCUGCGUCAUGUAUAUAGCAAACUGCUUUCGACAUAUUUCAGCUACAGAACCCCUUUUGACCACUACAUGUAAGCUGGCUAACGGUUUGAACUGCGCAUGGGCAGUAUGAUGCAUUGUGGGUGAUAAGUUCAAGGCCCCUAGGACAUAUGAACAAAGUAUGUUCUAGGCUGUUCUGACAUUUGGAGCCUUCAACUUUGACCUGGUGCAUGCGCCGUUCAAACCGUCAAACGGCCUAUUGCGCUCUGCUGGAGCACGGCGCAACCACUAAGCAGUUUUACCACAACCCAAUCCUGAAAGCGCUUUGAAAUUAGAUCAACGUGACGUAACUUCAGAGCGCUUUCCGAUUGGUCUGUGGUAAACUGCUUGUAAAUCUGUCAAUCAUUCAGCUCUUUCCAUGUAAGGUACACUGUUCCUUGUCCAGGAUAAUAUUUGGUUCGGUUAGAGCAAGUCUGUGAUUAUAUGAAAAUCAUGGGCGCUAGAAGCAAAUACAGAGGACACUAAAUGUAGUGUAUAUUUCUGUGCUAUUUUUGACAUACGGAUGUCAUGGUGUGUGACAAUUUGACCAUUUCACAAAUACUUUAAACAGAUGAAUUUGAUGACCAAAUACUAUGUAUAUUUUGUGUAUAUUUUCAACUUGUACUUUGCAAACAUCUCGCACGAGAUGGCAAAAAUAUGAAUCCCAAAGAGUACUUAGUACAUAUCUGUAUCUUGACCAUUUGCAAAGUACUUGGUGGAAAGGAUAUCGAUAAGAAUAGCUCAUUCUUAACUACUCAAUGAUCGUACGGAGCUAUUUUCUCUUUAUACAGUUGUAUUCUUUGCUCGUGUGUGUGAAUUGUAGUGCUAUUUUCCUAUACUGUACAGUACUAACAUUAUGUAUUAGCUCUUUCACUAUUCAUUGUGCGUAUACGUAUCUUCAGGCAUUGUGGGUAAUGUCAAAGGUGAACGCCCCAGACUAGUAAACCGAUCUCGUCUCGACCAUUGUUUUCUUGAUUUGCAUACCAAUGUCCAGACGUGAUUUCUUUAUG